CCGAUUGACCAUAGAUCAACUACUUUGCCUCUUGGAGGAAAACAGUGGUAGUACUCCGGACUCAUUCUCGAGGAAACCAGAUAUCCUGGGCCUUGUCAUUAAGCCGAAAGGGAAGUCCACGACUCCACUCCCGCCAAGGCAACAUAUCUCAACUAGUGAGGCAUUGGUGGAUCGUAAAGAACCCCGUCCAGUCCCCACCAUCAUGCAAGUGGCUAGUUCCACGGUUGGAACACCUCCCGUUAUCAGCCGCUUAGACCUAGAGGAAAUUCAACAAGACAUUCCAAAUAUUGUAACUCCAUCAUGGUUCACCAAGAUCUCUUCACAAGUUGGUGAAAUCUCUAACGGGAAAUUGAAGGCAGAUGAAUGGCGUAGCUUAUUCACGGUCUAUCUUCCCCUCAGUAUGACAAGACUGUGGGCAAGUUCUAAGCACCACCGAUUACAUUUGAAGAGUCUGCUUAUCCUCUCAAUAAUUGUCAAUAUCACAUGUUCCACUACUAUCUCCGGUGCCCUCAUCAAAUGCUUCAAUGAUGCCAUUCGACUGUACCUCCGGAUCAUUUCGGUGGAAGAUGGAUGCUCCCUUGUUAUCAAACAUCAUUUAUCACUCCAUCUUACCACUUUCAUGGAGGCUUUUGGUCCAUGCCGGACUUAUUGGGCGUUCCCAUAUGAACGCUUGAUAGGGAAGCUGCAGAGGACUCUAUACAGUCCAUCGAUAGGUAUGAGUGGUGCUAGCUCUCAGUCGCAUCGCUGA